AUGGCCCGCAUGCGGCUGCGCUCUGAUCCGGCUGCGCCAGCCGCCGACGCCGCCCCCGCAGCCGCCGCAGCCGCCCCCGGCGACGCCGCCCCCGCGGGGCCUGCGCCCGCCCCCUGCCGCCCCUCGGAGUUCACGUGCCACAAGAGCGCCCGCUGCGUGCCCCUCAACCGCUUCUGCGACCAGCGGCACGACUGCCAAGACUCGUCGGACGAGCCGCGCGGCUGCACCCCGUGCAACCGCACCUACUACGGCGACCUGGGGCGGACGUACGAGUUGGAGCUGCACCGGCCACGGGAGGACCGCCUGCCUUUCGUCUGCAGGCUCACCUUCACCGCCAGCGGCGGCGACCUGGGUGACCUCGUGCAGCUGACGUUCGAGAGCUUCACGCUGGGCCGCUUCGUGUCGUUCACGGCGGACGGCUGCCCGGACGGCGCGCUGCACAUCUCCGAGUCGGAGCGGCCGCGCGGCGGCGGCGAGUGGUGCGGCGCGUCGUGGGGCUCGGCCGUGUACGUGAGCGAGACGCGCUCCGUGUCGCUGGUGCUGCGCGUGCUGCGGCUGGCGCGCGCCGGCCAGGGCUCGGGCGCCGCCGGCCACGGCUUCGACUUCCGGCUCGCCUACAAGACGCUGCCCAGGGCCGCCGCCGUCGUGCGCUACGGCCCGGGCCGGCACAACGAGAGCGAGGGCGGCGCCGGGGAGCCGGAGGCGGGCUUCCACCUGGGCGAGCUGAUGGCGGGCACGUCGUGCUCGCGGCUGUUCAGCGAGUGCUCGCGCCGGCCGUGCCGGCUGCAGUCGCCCAACUGGCCGGGCGUGUACCCGCGCAACGCCACCUGCUACUACGCCGUGCGCCAGCACGAGGCGCCGCCGGGCCAGCACGCGCUCAUCGCCGUGCGGCAGCCGCGCGGCCAGCUCGUCGCCAUCCGCAGCAGCCACCUCAGCGGACAGCCCACGCAAGCCUCCCCACCAACGGCAAGCAGUUUGAAAGUGUGGUCGGAGUGUGACGAGGUGCAGGACUACGUGACGGUGUACGACGGCUACACGACGCGCGACCCGGUGCUGCUGCGCUUCUGCGGGGGCGGCGAGCCGGUGCCCGAGGCGGUGAGCAGCGGGCCCGAGCUGCUGGUGCAGUUCUCCACCGCGCCCUACGGCACCUUCCUGCAGCAGCCGCCGCCGCCGCUGCCGCUGCACGGCUUCCAGCUGGACGUGCAGGUGCGGUACGUGCCGCAGCAGUCGUGGACGUACGUGCGCAACAAGCGGUGCGAGUUCUCGGUGGAGGGCCCGCCGUGGCGCGGCUGGCUGGAGGCGCCCCGGCACUCGCUGCCGCGCGGCGCCACCUGCCGCUACGCGGUGCGCGCGCCGCCCGGCCGGCGCGUUUGGCUGGCGCUGCUCAAGUUCCACGACAGCAGUCCAACAUUUUCUGUAUCCAGACCCAAGAUGGAGCAGGAGGAAAAAGGGGAGGAUGCUGGAAGUAGAACUAUGGAGGAUCCAAAACAUAGGAGACAUCUGCUACAAGAAGAAAGAGUGAAAGAUCGAGGAGGCGGCGCUGCCCCUGCGGCCAACGGCAACGCCAACGGCAACGGCAACGGCACGCUGCUGGCGCGCUUCUGCCGCGACGUGUCGCCGCGCUCGUGUGAGCACGCGCUGCUGCGCGCCAACGCCUCCAGGCCCUGCUCGCCCACCGAGAGCUUCCUCUCUGCCGGCCCCGUGCUCACCCUGCAGAUGCACGUGCGGGAGGCCACCGCGCUCAGGCCGGUGGAGUUCGUGGCUCAGUACGAGUUCGUGGACGUCCGCGAGGCCGGUGAGCCGCUGGCGGGGCCGCGCCGGCCCUGCGCGCGGCAGUUCUCCGCCUCGCCGCAAGAUGGCCUGCAGGAGCUCUCCACGCCGCCCAACGUCUUCCUGUACGGUCGCGGCGGCGCGCACAACAUCAGCCUGUCGGCCGCCACCGCCGUCGAGCUGCGCUUCCGCGUGACCGCCAUGAACGCCACCGAGGACUUCUCGCACAUCGGCUUCCACGCCACGUGGCGCGCCGUCGCCGCCGAGCCCUGCGCCGAGAACCGACGCCUCUCCGGCCCCAGCGGGGAGAUUCGUCUGCGCUCGCCGGAGAAGAGGCCAUUAUUUCGGCCGGAGGUGUACUGCGACGGCCAGCCGUGGCUGAUCGAGCCCGGCGUGGGCCGCUACCUGUACGUCAAGAUCCGCGGCAUCGCGCUCAACGAGACGGACGGCGAGGGCGAGCUGGGCGGCGCCGCCCACGAGCCGCUCGUCGUGUGCCCGUCGCCGGCGCGCCACGACCGCCGCCACCGGCUCGUCGAGCUCUUCUCGGAGGGCUGGCUGCCGCACGACGCCACCGCCCUGCGCGCCGUCGAGCCCGGCGCCUACUCGCUCACCUGGCUCGAGCUCGCGCGGAGGCGCAGUGUGCACCCGCCGGAGAACUUCGUGCAGGACGACUGCCCGCACCGCUGCCCGGAGCUGGACGCGUGCAUCAACGCGUCGCUGUGGUGCGACGGCGUGGCGCACUGCCCGUCGGGCGCGGACGAGCGGCUGUCGGAGUGCUGGGCGCGGCUGGUGCCUCUGCCGUGGGCCGCGGCGGCGCUGGCGGCGCUUUCUGCGGGCUACGUCGAGGUGGACCGCGUCACCACCGUCUGA